AUGUACGAGGAAGGUUUUGGAAAUUUAUUUCAUAUUUCUUGUAGUGGUUUGACUUGUCGAGACAUUCCUAGAGAUUUGGAAUAUGGAAAUAGAAAACUUGGUGAGCUCACAAUUGUCAGAAUUUUGCAAUUAACAACUAGUUGUCCCAACUUUUUUUUGAAACAUAAAAGUUCCAAUGCUGUAUUCUAGAAAAAUAGGAAAUUUUUCAUAUAUGAAAUUUUUCAGUUCAUCAUAACAAUCAAGGUCGACGAAUUCGAAAACACCGUGAUGGUCGACUAUUUCUUCUCAAAGAUGUAGGAAUCGAUGGAAAGCAAAUUAAAAAACCGAGAAUUGGAUCGCCAAGUGGAAAUCGAAAACAACUGAAAAAUAAAUUGGAAAAUGCGGAAACUAGAGAUGUUAUUCAUGAGGAAAGUCUUCCAGAAUUUCCAGGAUGGUAUGGACAACUUGAAGGACUUCAGAAAAAAUUAGGAGAAAGUUGGAAAUUUUCCGAAAAUGUGGUAAUUCAAGAAGAAAUCAAGAAACUUUGGAAAACUUGGACGAAAGAAUCGGCAAAAAUCUAUCUUCAAAAUGAUAUUCAUAUUCCUCGAUAUAUUGGUAGAGCCCCAUGGAAAGAUCAGUUAACUCGAAACACACAAAAAAUAAGUGAUCAACUACAACUGAAUACAAAAAUAAUAAGCAUGUUUUUCGAGAAAUUUCGUGAUCGUUGUUUGGUUGAUUGUAGUUUUUUGCUAUCUGAAAAUGGUCGAAGUGUUGGAGAAUUGGAAAAACAAUUGGCUGAUUUUGUGCAUCAAACAAAGCGAAUUUUGAAUUUUGAGUGGCCAAUGGAAGUGGCAAAUUUGAUGUUAGAUGAAGGUGAUAAAUGGAUACCAUUAUUAGUAAAUUCAACAAGUCAUACAGUUUUUAACGCGGUUGCUGCAACAAUGGCAAGGUUUGAUUUUGAAAAAUAUGUUUUGCCGGUGGAAAUGGUAUUCAAAUUUUUUGCAGACUUCUCUACGAUUUGAUUUUCGAAAAUAUCAACCGUGUCAAGGAUUAUUUUAAUUUAGAUGAUCGUGCCAGACUUAUAAUAGUUCUAAAUGAAGGAGAAGAAGUUUUCGAUUAUUGGCAGAAGAUAAAUGUUCUUUUAGAACUAUCCAAAGUUCCUCGAGUAGAUCAUAAAAUAUAUCCCCGAAUGUUUACUGAAGCAUGGAUUGAUGUUCGAAGUUGGUUUGAUGCUCAUUCCAUUAUUUUUAAACCUCUUCCACAACCCUUUGGAUCAAUGAAUCUUCGAAUUUUUGAAAUUGAAAAAAUGCUUGAGAAAUAUGAGGAAAAACCUGAAAAUAUUGAGUUUUGGAAUGAAAUUUCGAAAGAGAUUUUGAAUGUCAGAGAUCAAAUUCUGAGACAAAGAAGUAAAACACAAAGAGAUUUUAUUAUUUUCGAUAGCGCUGGAAUAAAACAGAGAAGUUUGGUGAGAAUAACAGAAUUGGAAGAACGAGCGAAGAAAAUUAUAUUAGAUGAUUUGGGGCAUAAAAAUAAUGAGUUAGUUUUAAUUUUGAUAUGUUUUUAUUGAUUCCUAAAAAAGAAAACAAUUUCAUGAUUCGAUCAAUGUUCUCAUUAUGUUCUGCUAAAUUAUUUCGAAACGAUGUACUAAUUCAACUACGAAACAUCGAACAAGUUCAAAAUCAACUUCCCAAUAUCCACCAUAAAAUUAAUACAGUUCAUCAAUCCUAUAAAAGUUAUAUGGAAUAUUUUGUUAUGCCAGAUUAUGAUAUCAGACAAUAUUAUGAAAUCAGUAGAUUGGGUCGGAAACUGGAACAAUUGGUUAAUUUUGUAUGGGAUCGAAUACAUCAUGAAAGGCAGUGGAUUACCAAACAGGUAAGGAAUCUAUUUGAAAAAUUAAAACUUAUCAUAUAAACUAGGAAAUGUAUUAUUCUUCAGGUUUCGGAACAAACAUCAAAAAACUAUUACGAAUGUGAAAUGAUUGAAAAAGAAUGGUUAGACUGUCUCAAAAAAUAUCGAAGUGCUAUAAGAGUAAACGAAGUUCAAAAAGUUCAAUCAAAAAUGGCAAAUUUAGCAGAACGAAGUGUUAUUUUAACAGAAAGAGAUGAAAAAUUGAUUGGACAAAGAAGUUUGUUAGGAUUACCAUCAUCGCCAAUUGAUUGUGUUCGAAUCUCGAAAAUGUGUGAAUUUUUUGCGAGAUUGACAUCGUUGCAUUAUCAAACACUUUUACAUCAUGAAAGUUGUUUGAGAAGUGAGUUGAAUUAUUUUUUGGACAAUUCCAAAAAAAAAGCGGAAUAGUUUUUUGAUUAAAAAUAUUUUUAGUGCGAAUAUCGGAUGUAAAUCACGCGGAUCUUGUUGCUGAAACUGAACGACUUCAAGAUGAAAAAGAUAUAAUGGUUGAUGAAGUAACAUUAAUGAAUGAACAUGUAACAACUUCAAAUGAAGCUCUUUCUAAAAUUCAAAAUGUUCUGAACGAAUUCGAAAAAUUAUUGCCAGUUCUUGGUGCAAUUUCUUGUCAAGCAAUGAAAGAUCGACAUUGGCAACAAAUAUUGCAAGAUUCUGAAAAUCCGGUGAAAGUUGAAGGAAAUCCAUUGGUUAGCGAAUUGCUCGAAAUGAAUUUCAUUGAAAAAGCAGACAAAUUUGAGCAAGUUGGAGCUCAGGCAGAAAAAGAAAGAGUUCUUGAAAAAAGUAUAGAAGUUAUGAGAGAACAAUGGAAAUCGGCAAAGUUUGUGACUCAUCAACAAGGAAAAGCAGGAAGUUCAGGAGAAUUAUUGACCACUGAAUUGAAUGUACAAAUGCAAGCUCAUUUGGCAAGAAGUCAAACUAUUUUAUCAUCUCCGUUUGCUUUUUCAAUUUUGGAUCAAAUUCGACAUUGGUUGGAUACUUUAUUGAAUUUGAAUACUUUUGUUGUACUUUACAAAAAUUGUGAUUCGCGUUGGAAAAAGAUUGAAGGUGUAUUUUCAACAGAAGAUAUUGCCUAUCAAAUGCCACAUGAAUUCAGAACAUUCAAGAAAAUCUCAUUGCGAUGGUUGCACAUUAAUAAUCAGAUUGUAAGUUUCAAAACUUCGAAAGUUCUAAUUCCCAUAAUUUUUAGACGGAAGAAAGACCAAUUCUUGAACAAAUGGAACUUGUUAUCAAACUGAACACCGAACUUGCGGAACUCGAAGUUCUUUUUGGAAAAAUGGAAACCGGCUUCCAUGCAUAUCUUCGCAAAAAACGAGCCGUAUUUCCUCGCCUUUUCUGUCUUUCCGAUGAACUUGUGCUAAGUCUAAUUUGUGAUUCAAGAGAACCUUCCAAUUGUAAAUCAUAUAUCCCAUUAUUAUUCCCAGCGUUGACAACUUUUGAUCAAAAUACAAAGAUGGAAAUAGUGUCCGUGUCAACGCGGAGUGAUGUAAUACAACUUGCAAAACCUGUCAACGUUAAUUUAUCGAAGCGCCACGUUGAAAAAUGGAUGCAUGAAUUGGAUGUUCAAAUUCGAAGUACUGUUAAAAUUCGAAUUCGGCAACUUAUUGAAAAACUGAAUUUUAAAAUCGGACCAGUUGAAACCUUGCUGUCAGAACCAACACAAGUGGCAGUGAUUUAUUUGAGAAUUGCAAUUACACAACAAAUUGAACUUGCAAUGAAACAAAAUACUAUGACAGUAAGAUUUAUUAUAUCUUUAUUAGGAAUCCUUGAAAGUUCUAUAAUAUUGUUUAAUUGUAGAUUUUCUCGAGCGAUCUCAAGCUUUAUAUUCGUGAAUGUCAACAUUGUAUUAUUCAAAAACUUUCUCGUCGUAAAUUUCUUCCAAUGAUUUAUCAUACUUAUAAACAUGCAAAUAAUCUUGUCACAAAAUUUAUAUCAGAACAAGUUGUAUUUAUCGAUGAUCAUAGAUGGACAAAUCAAUUGAGAUAUUAUUGGCAUAUGGAAAAUGUAUUCAUAAGAAUUGGAACUGUUUCAGUUAGAUAUGAUUAUGAAAUUCAAGAUUUUGCAAAUUUUUUGGAUUAUAAAUUGAUCGAUGAAUCAUUAAGGUGAGAUUGACUGAAUUGAAAUAUCCGGAAUUUUGAAACCUUUUUAUCACAAGGGAUUUUCAGAUACAUGAUAUUUAUGAAUCAUUUUGGUUGGAAUUGUAAACCUCGUCAAAUAAAUGAACUUCUUGCUCGAUGUCUUGCAGGUGCUCUUGGUCGCCCUUUUGUUAUUUGUGAUUAUCACAAAAAUUCGGCUGAAUUCAAAAUGAUAAUCGAUGGUGCAUUAUUGUUUGGUGGACUAGUUUUUGUUAAAAAUUAUGGUGGAAAAUCUGUGGAGCGAGAUAUUUAUACGGCUCAUAAUCUUAACAAUCUGAAAUAUCAUUUCGAAACAGAAAUAACAAUCAAUUCUUCAUUUAUGCUAUUUUUGGAAGAAAAGAGUUUUGGAACAUGUAGAAAUGUGGAUUUUGAGAAUCCAAAUCAUCUUCGAAUUGUUGAACAAAUUUUCUCAUUGAAUUCGAUUUCUCAUCGAGAUAAAUUAACUCAGAAAUUUCAAAUCAUCAGCGAGUUUCAAAAUUUUUUCUAUCCCAACUUAUGGAAAAAUCAUAUAAAUUCAACUAUUUUUGAAAUAUUAGAAAAAAAUGAGGAACUUUUGGAAGGUGAUUUGGAAAUUGGUGAAAUUAUUCUCGAGAACUAUACAGUUGGAAUGAAAAACGAACAUCGAAAGAAGUUUUCGGAUUUAUUAAUGUUAUCAAAGAAAGUGGUAAAGGACAAAUCAAAAUAUCAUUUUGCUGAAAGAUUGUGCAAAAUGUUGGAAAAUCAUCAAGUUGUUGUGGUACUCGGGGAAAGUAUGACUGGUAAAUCGAAAAUAAUUGAAGAAGCGGCAAAAAUACGAAAUUCCGAAUUGCAUAUAGAAUUUGGAUUAUGGCAGGAUUUACAGAAUUAUGGAGAAUCGGUUAGUUAUUUUCUUUGGAAACUUGAGAUUCACUGAAACACAAUUUUUUUUGAAAAAAAGACAGGGCUACUUCAAACUAUAAAUUGAUGGUUACAUAAAUCCAGAGACAGGACAGCAUAGAGUAAUAAAAUAUCAGCACAAUUAAAAUUGCAGCUCAAAAACACUCGCCGUCUCAAUAAAUGGAUAGUUUUGGAUGGUUUUAUUGAUGUUCAAACAAUAUCAUGGAUUUAUCGACUUUUGAAUGAAAAUACACUUUUCCCUUGGAGCGAACUACCAUUUUUGGCACCAAAUGAAAAAUUGAUAAUUGAAACUAAUGUGGAGAUUUUCAACGGGAAACUUCCUGUUAUUCGAAUUGAACACGAUUUAGAAAAAACUGAAUCCGAAUUUUCCGAAAAAUUAAGUGAAUAUGAAAAGCAACGGAUUCAUGAUGUUUUUGAAAUUUACGAAGAAGCAAAUCAUUUGAAGCCGGAAGUUACGAGAAUCGUUCAAAUUAUUGAAAAUUCAUUAACAAAUUGUGAUGAAAAAAUAUUUGAGAAUCUAUUGAAAACCACAAUGCUAUCAUUUAUUCCUCUUCAACAACUCGAUCCAAUUCUUUUGAAAAAAGAGGAUUUUGUGAAAAAUGUUCCGUUUUUUGAAGGAUGGUACAAUUUUAGUAGCACUUCUGAUGGUUUCACUGCCGAGGAAUUUUAUAUAUCUCGAAUAAUCGCUUUGAUUCUAAACACAGAUUUGAUACCAUUGCUCAUAUCAACUCAAAAUUGUUGCGAAUUUUCGGGAUUUUUGACAAAACUUCUGGGUGAUUUAGAUGGUCUUGGAUGGCAUGUUAUUACUUUGAGUUUGGAUGAUCAAACAACAGUUGAGGAUAUUAAAACUUUUGUUCAAAAUUGUUCAAUUAUGUUGUAAGUUUCCUAUAUUAGCUUUAGAAUCAAAACUAUAAACAUUUUUUUAGUGGUGGACGUGAUGAAAUGGAAAAUCGAAAUGAAGGUUCAAAUUUUCUUAUGAUCCAUGGAAUUGAAAUGUGUCAACCAAAUGUUGUUGACUGGAUUCGAUAUUCGUAUGACAGAAAAUUGAUUACUGUGAGUUUCAAUCAUUUUUUCUCUCUCAUCUCUAAUUUUUUUGAAGAAAAUUCUGUUUGUUUCUACUAAAUCGCGUGAUUUCUUUGCGCCACGAAUACGGAGAUAUAUUUUUGCAAUCGACUUUUUACAAAUCACCGAAUUAUCCGAACCCACCAAAUAUCCAUAUGCUAAUUAUAAAAAUAUGUUGCAAAUAAUGACGAAAGAUAUAAAAAUCAAAGAUAUUCGAGAUUCAAUCACAAAUCAGUUAGUCGAUGCAUUGUGCGAUGCACAGAUUCUCAAUUUUUAUGAGAAGAUUAUGUCGAUGAAAAUAGCUGGAGAAUAUCGAAUUGUAAGAGGAAAAGGAUUCAUGGAAAUUGGAGAAUUAGUUAUACUUUAUCAAAAGUUUGUUUUUUUCAUAUUCAAAUUCCAAAAAUGCGUUUAGAGCCCCGCCUGUAUUUAUAGUCCCAACACUAUUUUGGGAGAGCCAGCUCUUUUCCCACCAACGUAGAUCAAGCCGCCAAUUUUGUACGAAAUUCAAAAAAUCCUACGAGUGUACUCAUAUGCUUCUAGCCCCGUUAGUGCCCAUUCAUAAAACCAUACCUUCCUGACACUUCUUAUUGGUUUUCGGAUAGAGUAGACAUCUAUAUAUAUGUACAAAAAAUAGAACAGAAAACCGCCGUUUCCUAUCUGAAUUAGAAACAUAAAUAAAUGAGCCAAGACAUCUCGUGGCAUUCUCGAAACCAUAAUUUAGAACACGUUAGUCAGGACACGUUUUUUUUCAGUUUCAUUUUUUCAGCAUAACUUUAUCAUAAAUUGUUCUGAAUAAAUUUCAGAAUUUGGUGCCUGAUCUUUUCUAAAUUUUUUUCAGUGCUAUAAUCGAACGUGAAAAACGAGACAAAAAAUAUCGUAAGCACCCGAUAAUAAUUCAUCAAUUUCUUGCAAGAAAUAUUAAUUUUAUCGAAAAAGUCACUUCGGCUUCAUUUGGACAUAUGUUGAUAGUUUCGGAAAAUUUGAAAAACAUCGAAACUGCUCUCAGAAUAUCAACAGAACUGAACAAACAAAUGAUUUAUUUCACAGAUGGUAUUGAUGGAAUUCAAGAAUGGAGAGAUCUUUUCAAAGAUAAAAUUAUUCGAGAAUGUUUAUUGGAUGGAAAAGAAACGGUUGUAUCAAUUAGCAUAACUCAUAAAGAAAUAUUGGCAGAUGUCAAUUCAAUUUGUUGCCAUAAAAUGAUUCCACCGAGAUAUUUAACAAGACUUUUAUUAUCCGAAUUUGGUGAAAAACAUACUUUGGAAGGAAAAGGAAUUUGGGAAAUGCUCGAAUCCAAACUAUCAGUUUUGAAAUUCUGUGUGAUCUUGAAACCUUCGGAUUUUUCAUGGUUUCUUGAAACUUAUCCGAAACUUGCAUCUCGAUUGAUUUUGAAUAUAUGGGGAAAUCAGACGAAAAAUGAAAUUGACAUGGAAAUGAUUGAGGAUUUGGGAAAAUCAGAAAUAUUUUCGAAAAUUCAAAUCAAUCAAAUUAUUUUGGCUAUUGAUAAAUUGGUUGAACUUAAAUUGAUCAAAAAUAUCCAGGAAAAACAGAAACUUUUGAAUACAAUAAUUCGAAUUGCGAUAAAUAAAAAAUUGGAAGUUGAAAAAACAAUGAGUAAAUAUGAAAAAGGAAUGGACAAAAUGAAAAAAGCUGAAGAACAAGUGGCUGGAAUGCAAGGAGAAUUGCUCAGAUUACAACCACAAUUAUUGAGAACAUCAAUUGAAACAUCAAUGUUGAUGAGUACUAUUGAAAAAGAAACAAUUGAAGUCGAAAAUGCUAGGUGAGAUUUUUUUUUUGAAAAUCACAAAACAUAAAAUUUAAAGACGUGAACUUUUUCCAAAAAAAAAUCAUUUUUUGAUUUAUUUCAAUAUAUUAUUGACAGAGAAGUCGUUGCUGCUAAUGAAAAUAAAGCGAAUGAAGCCGCAACCAAAGCUCAAAGUUUAAAAGCAGAAUCAGAAGCUGAAUUAGCCUCAGCAAUUCCAGCAUUGGAAGCAGCAGUUGAAGCAUUAGAAACAAUGACACAAAGUGAUGUAUCAUCAUUGAAAACUAUGAGAUUUCCACCGUAUGCUGUAAGAUUAUGUAUGGAAGCUGUAUGUAUUAUAUUAGGAGUUAAACCAACAAAAGUUGCAAAUGAUCGAGGUGAAGUUGUAAAUGAUUAUUGGAUUUCUGGUCAAAAAUUAUUAUCCGAUAUUCAUUUUUUGAACAAAAUUCGAACUUUUCCACGAGAUGAAACAUCGAGAAGAACAAUGAAAUUGAUUCGUGACAAAUAUUUGUCGAAAGAAGAAUUUGAUCCGGAAAAAGUUAGACAAUGUUCUUUGGCGGCUGAAGGGCUAUGUAGAUGGGUUUUAGCAAUUGAUAUGUAUAAUCAAAUUAGUAAAAUUGUUGAACCAAAACGAGAAAGAUUGAGAAAAUCAGAAAUGUUAGUCAAACAACAUUUGAAACAAUUAGAAGUUAAGAGAAAAGCAUUAUUAGUAAGUUUUUUAACGCAAAAAAUCUGAUAAUUCAUCGAACUUUAUUUUCAGAAAGUGACCGAAAAACUUCAAGGAUUAUCUGAUCAAUUCAGUCAGAUGUGUCAGAAAAAACAAGAACUCGAAUCGCAAAUCUCAAGUUGUGAAAUAAAAAUGGAAAGAGCUGAAAGACUUGUUCAAGCUCUUGGAGGAGAAAAGGAUAAAUGGCAAACAAAAAUAACAGAUAUUCAACAUGAAGAUUCACUUUGUGUUCCAUAUUCAAUUGGAACAAGUUUGGUUCUUCAUAUUUUUGCAAAACUUCCGAUUGAUGAAAGAGAAAUCGAGAUUCGAAAAACAAUGCGAAUUUUAUUUCCAAAAUUAGAAAUUCGAAUUAGUUGUGAUCUUCGAAGCCUUGUAAAACUUGUUGAUGAUCCAAUUUUAUUUAUCAACGAUGAUGGAAGAGCUAUUGAAGUUCUCAAAUCGAUUUAUCCAAAAGUAAUUGAAUCGAAUAAAUUCAGUGAAAAGGAGAGGACUGAAGCAUUGACACAAGAUUCUGUAAUUAUUCUAGAUAACUCGCAAAAUAUUACAAAAGAAAUCGAAAAUUCCGAAGUUUAUCUCCAAAAAGAUCAAGAAGUUAUUCUAAAAAUUUAUGAGAAAGAACACGAAGUAAAUAAAGGAUUUCGAAUUUUUAUACGAAGCCAUGUGGAAUGUAAUGGAAAUAUGAUCGUAUUGAAUAAUAAAUUUAGUGAUGCUGAAAUAAGAUUUGAAAUUUGCGAAAAAAUGGGAAGUGUGAAUUGGGAUGAAACAUUGAAUCAUUAUAAUGAAAUGGUACAGAAAAAGGAUAUGGAUAUUGGAUUAUUGGAUAGUAAGAAUUUUUUAAGAAAAAAGUUCUAAAAAAGUGGAAUUUUCAGAAACCGAGAAUGAGAUGCUUGAUUUAUUGGGAAGAUCAAAAGAUUUGGACGAUGAACGAGCCAUCGAUCUUCUAGCUGAAGCUAGAAAUCUUCAAGCUGCUGUAGCUGCAAGAGAAAAAGAUAUUGCUGAAAUUGAAGGGUCUUUGAGAUCUAUUGAAUUUCAAAUGUCACCAGCUAUCGAAUGGUCAAUAAAAAUUGUGAAAAUGUUAUACAGCUUGUGUAAACUGGACUCAUUCUAUCGAACAUCUUUGAAAUCUUUAGUCAAUGUUUUAGGAACGGUGAGAUUUUUAUUUGAGGGGGAGAAUACAAAAUUCACUUGUUUAGAAAUUGUUUGAAAAUUUGGCCACAGUGAAUUUGGAUGAAGUUAUCAAAAAAAUUUCAACACUUUUUUGGAAGUUCUGCCAACAUUUUCUUGCUUGGGAUGAUAAACUUAUUGUAUAUCAUUUACUUCAUCAAAAUAUGAAUUUCCGAAGUGAGCAAAUGAUAAAUUCAUGUUCUGGAGAUUCAGAUUGCCCACUUCAAUUUACACAAUUUAUUCUGAAAUCAACUUGUCGAUCAAUAAUAUUUUUGAAAUAUGAUUCAGAAACUUAUGCAAGUAUUUUGCAAGCUGCUAACUUUGGGAAAACUUCGCUUUGGAGAGUAUACUCAAUUCUGGAUCAUGUUAUUUUGAAAAUCGAAAAACUCACUGAUGAACCAUCUUGGCUUUUUUUGAAUUUGAAUGAUAUGAACGAAAAUACUUUGGAAAAAUUGAAAGAGAUCAAAGAAAAAAUAGAGACAUUGCAUGCAGUUCAUCCGUCAUUCCGGUGUAUCGUUGGAUUAUCAACAGAUAUUUUUGAAAUCGAUGAGCAAGAAGCUGUAUUGAUGUUGUCAUCAAAAAGAUUUUAUUAUUCCGCCGCAGCAAAUCUUUCACAGAUGUUGACUAGAUUUAAUAAUAAUACAAAUCUUAGAGUUCAGUUUGAUAAAUCUGAAGAAUCUCAAAGACAUCAAGUUAUACGAUUGAUAUGUCUUCAUUUUGCAUUGAGAACUAGGAGUCAAGUUGAUACAGGUCUGAGUUUGUUAAAUUGAUCUUUAAAAAGAAAUUAAUUACAGGUUUCAAAGUUCAAGUGGAUGACGCUGAUUUAUUGGCAAUGCUCAAAUUAUAUCAAGAACUUCGAAAUCUCAGCGAUCAACCAAAUGAAGCAUUAGAUAUUCCAAAAGUUCGGACAAAUAUUAUCGAACCCAUUUAUUUUGCAAAAUCAAGACUAACUGUAGAAUUCGGAAUUGUACAGGCAAUGACUAAUUGGAUUUUUGAACAGAAUUUAUCGAUUUCUGCAGAUACGUUAUUGAAAAAAUUGUUGCGAGAGGAAUCAUCGAAUUUUGUUAGUUAAAAUAAAAUGUAUCCUCAAUCAACUUUUAAAAAUUCGAAUUUUCAGGAAGACUUUGCUCAUUUUAUCCAAACUCAUGAUGAUAUUCUAUUUUGCGGAUUUAAUGCUCGAAUUUGUCGCGAUCUUCAACAAAUUCGCCAGAAAAAGUUGUCACAUCGAAUGAGAAGCUUAUUUGAAGAUGACUUCAAUAUAACUUCAUCUUCACUUCUUGGAAAUCCUAUUGAAAAAUCGACUAAAUUUCGACCAAGAAGUUGGCUGCGAGAUGUGGAAUCUGAAGGUGAAAAUGUGAUUGAUGCUAGAGAAAUUUCGAAUUUGACUGAAUUAGUAACUUUUUUGAAGAUGAAAUUUGCAUUGAGAUACAAGAUUCAAAUUGUUGAAGUGAGUUUUUUUUCGAAUUCGGGAAAUUAUCAGAUCAAUAAAUUUCCAAAUAAUUACCAAAUUUAAGACUAGUAUUACUGCUGAAUUUAUUUCCGUCUCUGAAUCUCUCGAAAGAUGUUCAGCAAAAGAAAUGGCCGAACAUCCAACAAUUCGUCUUUCCCAUUGUAUUUUAUGUUCUGCUCAAAUGUCGAAAAAUGAACUCAAAGAGCCACAUUCUCGUCAAGAUCAAUUUGUGGCAAUUCAACUGAGAGCUGUUCGUCGAAGUGGAAGUGCAAAUCCUAGAAGUAUUCCACUCAUAUGUCCGAUGUCUCAAAAACCCGUGGCCAAUUUGCCGAUUCAAUCACAAUUUCCAAUUGGUCAUUGGCAUUUACGUGGAACUCAUGUUACAGUAGGAAAAAAUGGAAACUUCGCGAAACAAUUAUGAAAAUUAUGCAAAGACUGUACAGUUUUUAUUUGUAUUUUUAUAUACUAUUUUGAUGGGGAAGAUAUUCCUACGCUUCACAAGUUAUUAUAAAGAAAAAUAACACUGAAAAAAUCAAGAAGUCUGGUUUUUAUCAUCAUCAUCAUCGAACUGGAAGAUGGCACCCUUGGUUAUUUUAUGAUAAUUAUCCGAAACUAAGCUAUGCACCGCGAAAUGUUCAUUGAAUAAAGAUUGAAAAUUGUUUAGUAUCGAAAAAUCAGCUUACAAAUUUUUGAAUUUUUUCCAAAUUUUUGAAUUUUUUCCUGGAAAUUUACAAAUUUUUGAAUUUUUACAAAUUUUUGAAUUUUUUCCUGGAAAUUUUCUUAUUCUUAACCCCAAAAAAUAAAUAAACUAACUGUACUGCAAUUGUCCUGCUAGUUGUCGUCGAUGUGUGGCUUCCGAGUGGUGCAAUUGGUGUUGGUGUUGAGAAGAGUCGGAGUGAACCAGAAUGGCAAAGCCUAGAAACAGCACGAUUUGAGUCAGAAAAAUAGAACAUUUCCAGCGGGCUGGAAAAAGAUAAAAAGUUUUUUAAAUGAAUUCACAACUUGCAAGAAAAAAACAAUUUUUUUUGCGUCAACACAGUAAAAGACUGGCGCAUUUUCCAUCCUCGCUUUUCAUUUUCUUUGUUUUUUUUAAAUUUGUUUCUGGAAAAAAGUGGUUUUCCAUGGUUUUUCAGCUGUUUUUUUGCAUUUUUAUUAUUAGAAAAAAAAUUCACAAUUGUGUAUUAGGCGAAUUUCAAGAAUUUCAGCCGAAAAUUAUUGAUUUUUAUUCUAAAAUUUGAAUUUUUCUUUCUAAAAUUAUGUGGAUAUGUUGAUAAAUAAUCGAUAAAAAGUUUUUUUUAGGUUGGACGCUCAAAUCUUGAAAUAUUUGAUUUUGUAUUCGACCUGUCUUCAAUGAGAGCUCUCAAUAAAACGUAAGAGGGAGUUUAUUUUUCUUUCUAUGACCCAGAGAAAUUCCAGAUUGCUCGAGAAUUCGGAAUUGAGUGAGACGACUCCAAUUUCAAUGAUGAUAACAAAAUGA